AUGAUAUGGGUGUCUGUUAUUGGAGACUGGCUUAAUCAUAUUUUCAAAUGCCCAUCUGGUCAUGCCUUAGGUUCAUCCUGUGUGUGGUAUGUGAUGAUCACCUCCGCUCUCAACUUCACCAGGCCUUCCUCCAGUACCACAUCUGUCCAGAUUUUUUUUUAGAGGUUUCGUCUCCUUAGGUCUGGUCUGUUGAUGUCUUUUUGGGUCAUUCAGAUAAGCGUUCGCAUCUCCAGGGUUUUUAUUGCAACACAUUUCCCACAUCAGGUUAACCUCUGUCUUUUAGCAGGUAUGCUGGUUGCUGAGGUGUUUGAUCAUAUCCCUUCAGUGUACAGCUCAAGCUUGAAAGUGUCAAUGCUUUUUUCUCCCUUCGCUGUUUGGUGUUAUCUGCUAUUCAAAGUGAUGGACAUUGAUCUUCUGUGGUCAGUUACUAAAACCAAGAAGUGGUGUGCUAACCGGGAGUGGAUCCACCUCGACACCAGCCCUAUACCAGAUUUAAGCUCGUGUGAGGGAGACUCAUGUCUGCAGCUGUACGAUUUCAUCGAAAUGUCCACUCACAUUUUUUUUAAGAGUGCUUCAGUGCCCCUUGGUGUGGUUGUCAUUAUUCCUUACUGUGUUCAUUUGUUGAUCGGAGAGGAGGACAUUAACUCUUAG